UUACAAUUUAAUGAAUUUCUAUUUCUUUAUUUAAUAUGCAGUUGAGGCAGAGGCAAAGCUAGAAGAGAUAAGAAUACUUUUAGCGAGUUAAGAUAAUUUUGAACCAUUUACAAGUAAUAGUUAAAAUAAAAAAAUAGCUUAUAAAAGAUUAGAUUAGCCAAGAACAGGAGGAUUAAAACCAGAGAACAUCUUGGAUUUUUUAAAUGAUAAUGAAAUUUAGAUAACUGAAGAACAACUUAAUUAUAUCUUUAGAGUUUUAGAUGAGGAUUCUGAUGGCUUAGUCACUUAUUAAGAGUAUAAUUUUUAACUUAAUAAUUAGCUUUAAAAGUGCUAUCUUACCUAAAAUGAAUGAUUAAGUUAAAGAUUAAGCCUUAAAUCAUAAAAGUUUUGAACUUCCUGUGGAUAUGUUAUUACCAAAAGAAAUAGAAACACAAUUAUCAUAAUUUUUUAUUUAGAUAAAAUAAAAUUAUUUGUAAAUUAUAUUAUUAUUUCUUAGACAAUAUUAGAAAGUAGAAGAAACAAUAGAUUUGAAUUAAUUGGAUAUUUAUGACAAUGAUAAUUAAAUUACGGUAGAUUCAUUGAAGAAUUGGUUAGAAUAACUCGGAUAAGAAAUCAGUUAGGAAAUUCUUGAAAAUUUUGUUAUUAUAAUUUAAGGACAGCAAUAAUAGUUACAAAAUUUAUUAGAUUAAAUAUAUUUGGAAAGUUAGCAGAAUAAUUCAUAAGGACAAUAGGAAGAUGGAUAUAAAUAAGAGGAGGAAAAUAUAGAUUAAGAACAAUAAGAAUAAGAAGAAGAAUAGGAAUAAUUUUAAUAAUAUGAAGAUUAAGAAUAAGUUUAAUAAAAAGAUACAGAACCUGAUUAAGAUGGAAAUGAGAAUUAGUAAAAUUAAUAAGAAUAAGUUUAAUCUUAAUAAAUAGAGAAUAAUAAUUUGGAUUCAAGAAAUUUAUCGACUGAUAUAGAAUUUGAAAUUUCACAGUUAAAGAAGAAAAUAAAUAAGUUAGAAAAUGAAUUAGAAUUAUAAUUAACUAAGAAAUCGAAUGAAGAAUUACCAUUUGAAAGAGAAUAUAAAAGAGAGUUAAGAUCGUCAAGAAUGAGUUACCUUAGGAAUUUUGAUCCAUCCCCUCCAUCUUAUAGAAAUGAUUUGAUUAGAGAACAACGAAGGAUAGAAGAAGAAAUAUAAAAAGAAGAAAUAAAAUAGAAAAUACUAUUAACAUAAUUAAAUAAUCCAGUCAAAAUUAAUUCAUCUGGUUAUUAUUUAAAUCGAUUUGAAAAGUAUAUUAUUCAUAAAUUAUUAUUAGUGUAAGCCCAAUCAAUUUAUCAAAAUCAAAAUAUAUUUCUGAUUAUUCUGGAAAUAAAGUAAAAUUAUCUAUUUAAUUUUAGUAUAUUGGCAGCAUUAAAAAACAAUAGCCAAUGUCCUUCUAGAAAUCAAUAAAUUUCAGUAGUAGAAAAUUUUGA